AUGCCCUCGCCCAAACGCAAACUCGAACCCGACCACGAGACGUCAAAACCCAAAAAACCUCGCACCUCCCCUCCCACCACGGAAGCAACAAUGCCCUUCACCACCCCCGACCCACCCCCAGACUCCCACAUCAACUCCACCCUAGCCCUUUCCUACUGGUCCAGCACCGAAGCCAGCGUCUCCGGCGUCCUCGGCGGCUUCCCCCAAGUCUCACGCAUAGACCUCCAAGGCAGCAGUAACUUCCUCGCGAAACUCCGUCGAGGCUCGAAGUCCCAUCCCACAUCGAGGAAACUGAAGAGGGUGGUGGAUUGUGGGGCUGGGAUUGGGAGGAUUACGGAGGGGUUGCUGGUUGGGGUGGCGGAGGUGGUGGAUGUGGUUGAGCCGGUGGAGGUGUUUACGGAGAAAGUGAAGGGGAAGAGUGGGGUGGGAGAGGUGUAUAAUGUUGGGCUUGAGGCGUGGUUUCCUGAGCGUGAGGGGGUGGGAUUGUACGAUGUGAUAUGGAAUCAGUGGUGUGUUGGCCAACUCACGGAUGCUCAGUUCAUUGCGUACUUGAAACGGUUACCGCCUGUUUUGAGUGAGGGUGGUUGGAUCAUAGUGAAGGAGAAUCUGAGUAAUCAUUACCUAGCCGAGGACGUUUACGAUGAGACGGAUAGUAGUGUGACGCGGACGGACGAGAAGUUCCGACGACUGUUCGAGGAGGCGGGCAUGAAGGUGGUGAGUUCGGAGCUGCAGAGAGGGAUGCCGAAAGGCUUGUACCCGGUACGGUCAUAUGCUCUGCAGCCGAAGUAG